AUGGCGACUUCCGGGUGCAAUCCCACGCAUUUAAACCUGGUCGAGGCUACUAUUCGUGAGCUUCAAUAUGCUCUCGAGAUUGGAGCCAUCACGAGUGUGGAGUUGGUGUCACUCUAUCUCCAUCGUAUUGGAAAAUUCGACUGCCAAGGCCCCAGGCUCAACUCUGUCUGCGUUCUGAACCCAAACGUAUUUGACGAAGCGCAAAGGUCCGAUGACUACCGUGCUUCGGGCAAACCACCUAGAGCUCUUGAAGGCAUCCCCUUUACCGUCAAGGACAGCUUCAUGGUCAAGGGUAUGACUGUAGCCGCUGGAUCUCCAGCAUUCCGCGACUUGGUCUCCUCAGAAGACGCUGCCAUUGUCACCUUUCUGCGAGAUGCCGGCGCCAUCGUGCUAGGAAAGACCAACAUGCCGGCCAUGGCCGACGGCGGCAGCCAGCGCGGACUCUACGGGAGGGCAGAGAGCCCGUACAACCAGACAUAUUCAACCACGGCGUGCGCGUCUGGCUCUUCCAACGGCUGCGGCACCUCGACGGCGGCGAGUCUGGCCGCUUUUGGGUUUGCGGGCGAGACGGUCUCCUCAGGCCGAUCUCCUGCCUCCAAUAACGCCCUGGUCGGUUAUUCGCCUUCGCGCGGCGUCAUACCCAACCGUGGACAAUGGCCACUCUACCCGACUUGCGACGUUAUUGUCCCCCAUACACGGUCCAUGCGUGACCUUUUCGAUGUGCUCAACGUUAUUGUGUCGGACGACGUGCAGUCAGCACGAGGUAUCGACUUUUGGAGAAACAAUCCAGUUGUGUCGAUCCCUAAAUCAUCAGAUACCCGCCCAGCAGACUAUAGCGGCCUGGAGGAUGCCAAUGCGCUUUCUGGGAAACGCAUCGGAGUGCCACGAUGCUUCCUUGGGCACGCCGACGCAAAGCCAUCUCAUUUCAUACACGAAGAUGUCCUCGCACUCUGGCGAGAGGCCAAGGCCGCCCUCGAAGCACUCGGCGCCACGGUGGUGGAAACGGAAUUCCCUCUGCUUGAGCAGUACGCCAAACAGGAUUUCCCCGGUCAAGGCUGUAACGUUCCUGGGAUGACCGAGGCGUGGGUCGGCAUCGAGCGCUGUCAGAUGAUUGCCACCGCCUGGGACGACUUUUUAAGAAAUAAUCAAAGUCCCCAGUAUCCCAAUCUAGCGGCUGCCAACCCCGACGAAAUUCACCCGCACAUUGCCCCCAUGGAUGACGCGUCCCGCUUUUCCGAGGUACAGAAUCAAGUCAGAUACUCCGAUAUGAUCAAAGCAGUGAGAGACCGGAAGGAAAAGACGCUGUACAGCUUUGCCGGCAUGGACGAGGCGCUCCCAGCUUUAGAGAACAUGCGAAAGAAGACCCUUGAAUUAUGGAUGGAUGCACAAGACAUUGAUCUCCUGGCCUUUCCAACCAAUGGAGACGUUGCGUACGCCGAUGCCGAUGAGUCUUUCCAGUCCAUGCAGCAUGCUCUACAAGAUGGCAUCAAGUAUUCCAACGGCGGCCGGGCGCUCAAGCAUCUGGGCGUGCCCUGCAUCACUCUCCCCAUGGGUUUGAUGGCGAGCAAGCAAAUGCCCUUAGGCAUCACGUUUGCCACAAAGGCUUAUGCCGACAAUGAUUUGCUGCGGUACGCCUACGCCUAUGAGACCAUUUCAAGAAAGCGAACCGCUCCGCUGCUGGCGCCAGCCCUUUCUACAGACUUGAUACUUUUGCAUCAAAACUUGUUUGUUAUGGCCAAAGAAAAGCCCAUCAUGGAUGUAACCUCUGCGACGUGGGAGAAGACACAGACUACUGAAUUCGAGGUCCGGAAAGUUUCAAUAGAGUGUAUGUUGUACUCGUCGGCGCCAGCUGAGGAAGUUUGCUCUUUUAGGGUAUUCGUCAACGGAGAUGAACACGGUAACCCCAUCAGGAGAGACGGGGAUCGCUGGAAAUGGAAUGCUCAGCUAUCGCGACCUAGAGUGUUUGAAAGAUAUCCGACCAUCGCAAAAGUACCCAAGGAUCAUUUUCUCGUAGUGUUGGUUUCGAAAUUGGAAAGCGGGAGGGCUGCUGGGUCCAUGGUAUUGAUAGAUUGA